AAAUAAAUUCCGAGUUCGCUGUGACUUGUAAAAAGAGCAAAAUCGGUUAAAUAUAAAAGCAAAACCUUCUCGUUGAAGCUACAAGUAGUUCACUUCGGUCCAGUGUUGUGAAAAUAUCGAAAAUGUUCGCCGUAAUCGUAAUAAUUACCUGCUGUUAUCUGAUCUACUAUUUAGCUCAGAGACGGCACAACUUUUGGAAAAAUCGCGGCUUCGCUCAAUUGCAACCACAUUUCAUAUUCGGCGACAUUCAACCGAUGAUAAAACAGAAAAUGUCCUUCGGUCAAGUGCUGGAAAGCCUGUACGUAAAGACUAAGAUGCAUAAGUUGGUGGGAAUCUAUUUUCUGUACAAGCCAGUGAUGUUAGUCAAUGAUCCAGUGCUUCUGCAACACGUCUUCAUCAAAAACUUUACGAAUUUUCACGAUCGACCAUGCAACAUUGACUUGGAUGUCGAUCCAAUUCAAGACAAUUUAUUUAACACACCGGGAAAGAAAUGGCGGGAUCUCCGAACCAAGCUGUCACCGACUUUCACCAGUGGUAAAUUGAAGGGAAUGUUUUCCAUUAUAACCGACUGUGGUAAUGUUCUUGAUAAAUAUUUGGUGGAUAAUGUGAACAAUGGAAGCGAUGUGUUCGAGUUCCGAGAUCUCUUUGCACGAUUCAACACAAACAUUAUCUCAUCGGUUGCUUUCGGUAUCGACAAUGAUUGCAUCAAUGAUCCGGAUCACAUUUUCCGAAAGAUGGGUGUCAAAUUAUUUGAAAUGGAUUGGAAGAAAAAACUUCAAGCGAGCGUUGCCAUCUUCUUUCCACUGCUAAGAAAAAUUGUUAAAUUUAAGUUCACUCACGACGAUGUUGAACAAUUCUUCGAUGGCGUUGUGAAACAGACCAUAAACUAUAGGGCGCAGAACAACUAUGAACGGAACGAUUUCAUGCAACUUUUGAUUCAACUGAAAGACCAAGGAUUUCUGUCAGCUGAUAAGGGAGAAACCAAAUGGGCUGAGAAGGAAGCGGGCAGCCAGAGUGGGGAGAUGAAAAAACUAACUUAUGAGGAAUUGCUUGCUAAUGCAUUUCUGUUUUUCGUGGCUGGUUUUGAGACGUCAAGCUCCACCCUGUCUUUCUGCAUCUUCGAAUUGGCCAGGAAUCCACGAGUUCAACGAAAAAUUCAAGAAGAGAUUGAUAGAGUCCUCGCCGCCCAUGGCAAUAAGGGUUUCACCUACGAAAUGGUUCAUGAACUGAAGUACUUAGAAUGUUGUAUUGAUGAAGCUUUGAGAAAAUAUCCAAUUGUGCCACUAUUGUUCCGAGUGGCCAAUGAAGACUUCAGAGUACCCGACACUAAUUUGGUCGUUCCGAAAGGAACUGAAAUGAUGAUACCAGUGUUGGGCAUUCAACGCAAUCCAGAUAUUUACGAUAAUCCUUUGGAAUAUAGACCGGAAAGAUUCUUAGACUCGUCUACGGGAUCAACGAGCGAAACGAAGGGUUGCUAUUACUUGCCGUUUGGUGAUGGACCUCGCAACUGUAUCGGGAUGAGACUAGCUAAAGUAACUACGAAAAUCGGUAUGGCAACUGUGCUGGCUAAAUUCAAUGUCGAACUGGUCGAUAAGAGUUUGGAGAAUGUGGAGCUUGAUAUUGACCCACAUCAAUUUAUUCACACUCCAUUGAAACCGUUCAAUCUUAGGCUGACACCGCGAGUUGUUUCGUAAAUUUGAAUAAGAUGGUGCGAGAGACGAGAGGAUUGUCACAAAUUGUAUUUAUUUUGAAAUUAAACUUAUCGGAAUGAAUUCCGUAGAUUGAACACAUUUCACAACAUCUUAGACACUACAGAAAUGUUUUCAUCCACGAAAUUCAUCUCUAUACACACAGGAAAAAUUAUUUCC